UAUUUCGACAUUUUGCACUUAUUUACAAAAUGCCGAAAUAUUACUGUGAUUAUUGUGAUACAUUUUUGACUCAUGAUUCACCUUCUGUUAGAAAAACACACUGUAAUGGGAGAAAACAUAAAGAAAAUGUUCGACUUUAUUAUCAAACAUGGAUGGAAGAACAGGCUCAGAAGUUAAUAGAUUCAACAACUGCUGCCUACAAAGCAGGCAAAUUAACGACGCCUUUGCCUCCAUUUAUGCUAGGAAUGAUGGGCCUUCCUCCAAUGCCACCUGGUAUGAUGCCUCCACCUCCUGGAGCUUUAGGCCUACCUCCACCUUUAGGGGGCAUGCAUCCACCUCCAAUGGGUGGAAUGAUUCAACAUAUGCCACCAGGAUUUCCAAAUUCAAUGCCUCCGAUGCAUAUGAUGCCUCCAGGUAUGGGACUUAGGCCUAUGAUGGGACAAAAUGAUGAGAAUUCCAAUGUUCUGCCACCCGGACUUAAUAUGAUGCAAAAUUCUAUGUAAUUAGUUUUUGUAAAAAAAAUCAUAUACAAUCUGUAUAUUAUCAAUUAUUUUUAAUUAGUUUUGGUAUAUAUAUUUAUAUUCAUUGUACUAUGAUUUUGUAUAAUAAAAAUGGC